AUGGAAAAUGUUAGAGGUUGGAUGUAUUUACCUAGACGGUUACCUGAAUUUGAAGCCGGAGUUAUAGAAUUUCUUAAUGCUUCAUUUGCUAAGGCGGCAAAAGGAUUUCAAAUCUUAUGUCCUUGCAAACGAUGUAUAAACCGUUAUUGGUAUCGAAGAGAUGAAGUAUUUGAUCACUUGAAAGGACACGGAUUUGUAGAAGACUACUAUGUAUGGGUUUUUCAUGGAGAAACUCCUUCACAAACAAGGAUUCAUACCGGCAUAGAUGAUAUUGGAGAUGGUAUGCAUGACAAUUUUAAUGAAUUAUUGCAUGAUAGGUUUAGAGACACUGUAAUGGAAACAAGUACGGUACAAGGAGGUUCAAAUGAAGACGCCAAAAAGUUCUAUAAGCUGGUAGAAGAUGGAAAGCAAGAGUUGUUUCCUGGAUGUAAAAGUUUUUCGAAACUAUCUUUCAUUGUCAGACUUCUUCUCUAUAAGACCCUUCAUGGGCUUAGUAAUUUGGCAUUUGAUGAUCUUCUUCAACUUUUACAAGAGAUGAUUCCAGAGGCAAAGCUUCCAGCUAGUUUUACUCAAGCUAGAAAAAUCAUAAGGGAUUUAGGGCUUGAUUAUAAUAAGAUUCCUGCAUGUCCUAAUGAUUGUAUGCUUUACUGGAAAGAUGAUGAGCAUGCUGAAGUGUGCCGCAUUUGCCAUACCUCUAAGUGGAAACAACCGAACGAGCAUUAUAGUGAAGAUUCUAAGGCAUCUUCAAAAGUUCCAGCCAAAGUGGUGUGGCAUUUUCCUUUAAAACCGAGGUUACAAAGACUUUUCAUGUGUUCUGAAACAGCAAAACAUAUGACUUGGCAUGAUGAAGGACUUCCUAAAGAUGGAAAUAUACGACAUCCUGCUGAUGGACAAAGCUGGAAGGAAUUUGAUUCUUUGUAUCCAAAUUUUGCAAAGGAAACUAGAAAUGUGAGGUUAGGGUUGUCAAGUGAUGGAUUUAAUCCAUUCGGAACAAUGAGCAGUACUCAUAGCACUUGGCCUGUGGUGUUGAUCAACUACAAUAUGCCUCCAUGGAUGUCAUUGAAACCAGAAUACUUUAUAUUGUCUUUGUUAAUUCCUGGACCUGAAUCUCCAGGUAAUAACAUAGAUGUUUUUUUACAACCUUUAGUUGAGGAACUCAAAGAAUUAUGGAAUAAUGGGUUAGAGACUUAUGACAAAUCUAAAGAUGAGAUCUUUAAAAUGUAUGCAACAUUAAUGUGGACAAUUAGUGAUUUUCCAGGUUACUCAAUGUUGUCGGGGUGGAAAACAAAGGGAAAAUUUGCAUGUCCAUGUUGUAAUUACGAGACUAGCUCACUUUACUUGAAACAUAGUAGGAAAACAUGCUAUAUGGAUCACCGAAGAUUUUUGGAUGCUCAACAUCCAUGGCGACGUAAUAAGAGUGCUUUCAAUGGGCAUAUUGAGGAGAGGCUUUCUCCAACACCUCUAUUAGGUGUUAAUGCUUUGAAUGGCUUGUGUGGCUUUAAAAAUCUAUUUGGAAAGACACAAAAGAAGAACAAUGACAACACUUGCCCAUGGAAGAAAAGGUCAAUAUUUUUUGAACUGCCAUACUGGCAAUUCAAUAAAUGUCGACAUAAUCUUGACGUGAUGCACAUUGAAAAAAAUAUAUGUGAUAAUGUGAUAGGGACUUUGUUGGAUAUUAGUGGGAAGUCAAAAGAUCACCCAAAAGCUCGAUUUGAUAUCUUGGAACUCGGCAUCAAAGAAAGGCUUCAGUGUUUUUCAAUGUCUUCAAAGGAGAAAGUUAAUUUUUGUCGUGUUCUUAAGGAAACAAAAUUACCUUAUGGGUGUGCGUCUAAUAUUGCCCGUUGUGUUCAUUCUUCAGAAAAGAAAUUCUCGGGUUACAAGAGUCAUGAUGCGCACAUCGUUUUGCAUUACUUGCUUGAAGUUGCUGUCAGAAAAUCAUUACCAAAACAUGUUGCUGUCCCUUUGAGGAGGUUAGGUGCCUUUUUUCGGAGCUUGUGUAGCAAGGUAAUUAAGCCUGAGGAGCUUGAAAAAUUACAAUUAGACAUUGCACAAACAUUGUGUGAAUUUGAGAAAAUAUUCUUGCCAUCUUUUUUUGACAUAAUGGUUCAUUUGCCCAUCCACUUAGUAAAUGAAGUUAGGCUUGGAGGACCUGUUCAAUAUAGAUGGAUGUUUUUUAUGGAGAGAUACUUAUGCAAGUUGAAGUCAUAUGUGCGGAACAAGAGCCACCCCAAGGGAUCCAUAGCAGAAGGGUAUUUGAUUGAUGAAUGUCUGAAUUUUUGUUCACGUUAUAUGCAUGGAUUAAAUGCAAGUCAUGGUAAGGGGGCAGAAAAUGGCGAUGAUUUUGAGGAAGAAAAUAAUUUGGAUGAUCCAGUAUUUGUGAAUGGUGGCCAUCCUUUGGGAGGUGAAAAGCGAAGGCAGGGCAAAGUUUUCACUUUAGACGUUCAGUUAAGGGAACAAGCACAUCGUUAUGCCUUAUUCAAUUCUGAUUGUGCAGAAGUUGAUGUUUAUAUCAAUGAGCAUGAAGCUUAUAUUAAAAGUCAACCCCGACAAAGUAGAUGGGCACAAGCACAAAACCAUAGUCACGACUUUGCCAGUUGGUUCAAAGACAAAGAACUGCACUUACAUUAUGCCAAUGGAUAUAAGUUUUAUCCCAAAUCAAGAGAUGUUAACUGUAAAACUCAAAAUAGCGGUGUUUCAGUUACAACUUUAACUCCUAGCUUUGCAAGUUCUCGGGACAAAAAUCCAGCGGUUGGGAAUGUUGACUACUAUGGUAGAAUUUUAGACAUAAUUGAACUUGACUAUUGGUCAAAGUUUAGAGUUGUAUUGUUUCAUUGUGAGUGGUACCAAGUUGAGAAAGAUGAUUACGGCUUAACAUGCGUUAAUUUGAAUAAGCUUUGCUAUUCUGAUGAUCCUUUUGUCAUGCCUUCACAAGUGAAACAGGUGUUCUAUGUACCAGACCCUAUAGUCGAUGGUUUGCAUUAUGUUGUAAAUACGGUUCCAAGGGAUGUAUAUGACUUCGAUGAAGAACACAGUGAAACUAAUGGUAGCACUUACUGGUGUGAGCCUAAUGAAGAUAUGUUAGGUUCUCUUGCACAAGCUAGUGAGCUAGAGACUCGUGUGUCAAGAGAAGAUAUUCCUCCUCUUAUGGUUGACGCAAGUACAGAAUUAGCUGCUACAACUUUUGAACAUGAGAAUGGUGAUGAUUCUGAUUAUGAUGAUACAUUAUGGGAUUGGAUGCAUCCGGACUUAAAAUUAUAUCUUUUGAGCACAUUCUGA